AUGAGUCUAACUCGAGGUCACUCUUGUGCUCUAUGCCAACAACGCAAGGUUCGAUGUGAUCAGCAGAAACCUUGCACAAAUUGUAUCCGGGCGCAUGUCGAGUGCAAGAUUGUGCCUCCGCAGCCAGCGCGAAGAAAAAAGCGAAAAUUACAAGAGGAUGAUUUGGUCGAACGUCUCAGACGGUAUGAGGAGCUCAUGACAAGGAAUGGUGUCGACUUUUGCUCUAUUCGCGAUGACAAGGAAUCCAGAGACGAAUCGGGGAAUGUCAGUACAGAGGUACCGAAACCCUCUCCUGGGGCCGAUACACCGAGUGGAUUGUCUCGCCGACGGGGUGAGGGUAGAAAGCUGACAUCGCGUCAUAUAAUCCAGUAUCAAACAACAGAUGACCUACUACAUGGUUCCGAUGAGGAUGAAGACGAGCGACCGACAAUCCACCACGCAUUUGACACUAUGUUUGAAAACAAUGAUGGAUUUCCGUUUAUGGUGGGAGGCUCGCCUGCUCGGAUCACUCACCUUCAUCCAUCGCCAAUCCAUAUAUUUCAACUAUGGCAGGUCUAUCUGAAUAACGUCAAUCCCUUAUUAAAAAUUAGUCAUGUUCCCACUCUGCAAAAUCAGAUUGUUGGAGCCGGGGCUGACCUCUCUAAUAUAUCAAAGCCCCUUGAAGCUUUGAUGUUUUCUAUUUAUCUUAUAUCCGUGACCUCGAUGACGAAAGAAAAUGUUGAAUCUACAUUUGACGAAUCAAAAGAUACCUUGCUAUCUAAAUACCACGGUGCUACGCAGAGAUCUCUGGUUAAUGCUGGAUUCAUGAGAUCAAGCGAUCUCAUGACAUUACAGGCACAUCUGUUAUACCUCCUCAGUAUAGCAAUUUAUGUUGAUCCUCGCUCUCUUUUCUGUUUAAUUGGUAUCGCCGUACGCGUUGCCACUCGCCUCGGCCUGCAUCGAGAUGGUGCACAAUUUGGACUCUCUCCCUUUGAAACCGAACAACGAAAAAGAAUUUGGUGGCAACUUGCUAUUCUAGAUAAGCGCAUGGCAGAGAUGACAGGAUCUGCCAUAACCGCUCUUUCAUCAUCCAAAACCGACUGCCGACUUCCUCUCAACGUAAAUGAUACCGAUCUGCAUAAACAAUCCAAAGAGCCACCGGUGCCAUCCACUGGCUCGACAGAGAUGCUCUUUUGUCUUACACGCGUUGAACUUCUAAUUGCAGCUGCUCCAAGCAGCAUGAGGCCUGAUCCAUCAAUUUCCAGGAAUCGAUAUGGUAAAGAUGGCCCUGUGGCUACGCCGUCCAGCUAUACUCAUAAAAAAGCUUCUCAGCCCUCAUUUCGUGGUCUAGAUGACUAUUGCUCUUAUAUCGAAUCAACAUAUCUCAAACACUGUGAUCCGAAAAUACCCAUUCAACUUUUCACACUAAUGACGGGCCGAGCUUCCCUUUACAAGCUCCGAGUGGUUGAUUUCAUGUGCCGAGGCAUAUCGACAAGUGAAAUGUUAGAGAAGGAUCGUGAUGAUUUAUUUCUAUUUGCAAUUCAAACGAUUGAGUGUGAUGAUGUGAUAUAUAACACGGAAAGCCUUCGUGGCUUUCGUUGGUACACACAUUACCAGGCCCCUAUGCCUGCAUUCGUCUUCCUCAUGAAUGAACUACGCCAACGCACGACUGGUCUGCUUUGUGAGCGCGCAUGGAGAGCCAUAUGCAGCAAUCACCAGAACAGAGGAUUGGAUCGAAAUCUUAGAAGUCCCAUGCAUACUGUCUUUGGACAAGCUAUGCUGAAAGCUUGGGACGCUCGUGAACAGGCUGAGCUUCAAAAUGGGAAGAUUCUGGAGACUCCGGACUUAAUUACUCUAUUACGGAGAGCAUAUAAAUCUAAAAGAAAUGUGUCUCAUGCGCAGGCCCCUCCGAGUCCUCCGCACCCGUCAGGUUCCAACGAUUUGCCUCGGAGUGGCCAGUUAGGUGCCAACACAGAUACGCAGACUUCCAAAGCUGGGAAUUCAGAUGGCGAAGGGCAGUUUCCCACUCCACGUACAACCUUUGACGAUAAUAUGGUGUUCCCGUCGCUGGAUGGAUUAAGCGACAUGUAUGGAUCAGGAAUAAUGGGCUACGAAGAUACAGAUUGGUCGUAUUUAAUACCAUCAGGGGUAUUUGGUGGAUUUUUUGGAGAUCCUAUCUGA